AUGAUAGGAGGCACCAUUAGAGUGGACCCUGACCGGAUGUCAAUCGUAGAUACUCGUCAUAACAAUAGUUGGCUGGAUAUGGAGUCAAUGGAGGUUCAUUUGGAUGAGGGAAUGCAGGCUCACAAAGAGCUAGAUAAAACAUUUCCAAAGCUUGCUGAGAGCUCGCGAACCCACUGGUAGCUGUGGGCCGUACUUCUACCUCUACUGGAGCCGUAGGAACAGACAUGGGCAUGGCCGUUAUCUGUUGCGAAGAAACCACGGUUGGAGUAGGUCGGGAGCGCACAGUCGACGAUCUAAGUGGAGGAGGACUCACACGGGCUACCACUGGUGCCCUUUGUGAUUGUGCUGCAAUGGGCAUUCCAAGGGCAUGAGCAAUCGAGGCAGAUAUUGAGGAAGGAUUUAAUAUUUUGGGAAGUUCCGUAACGGGAUUAACUCGUCCUUGUACAAAUAUAA